AUGGCGAAUUGUCGGGCCUGCACCACAUUUUUCCGAACCCGCAUGCUCACGCCCCUGCCACCUCGACGAUUCUCCCAGCACACACUCUCUCUCAAAAGUGCUGCCACUUGCAUGGAACCAAGCAAAGUCCGUUAUGAAUAUAUCGAUGAAGUUGAGCGCUUAGACUACUACGCAUCUGGCGGGUACCAUCCUGUGAUGCUUGGUGAUGAAUUCUGCCAAGGCCGAUAUGUUAUUGCUCACAAACUCGGCUUUGGUCGAUCGUCCACAGCUUGGUUGGCCGAAGAUAGGAAGAAUAGUGACCGACUUGUUGUUCUCAAGAUCUCUACAUCAGAAUCGGCUGAGCGUACACACGAGCUGCAAAUUCUUCCACGGUUAAAAGAGGCUGGAUCUCACCUCCCUGGAAAGGCCAUGGUGCAGACUCUUUGUGACUCUUUCACUUUCACUGGACCAAAUGGAAUCCAUCAGUGUUUGGACAUGGAUGCGGGCAGAGUCAAUAUCCAUGAAGCUAAAGAUGCCUCGUAUCAUCGACUUCUUCAUCUCCCAGUCGCUCGAGCAAUCGCCUCACAGCUUAUCUUUGCCCUUCAAUUCAUCCAUUCGCAAGGCAUUGUCCAUGGUGAUCUUCACCUGGCAAAUAUUCUUUUACGUCUGCCACGUGGUGCGAGGGACAUGACCCGCGAGCAGCUGUAUGCAAAGACUGGCCAGCCCACCAAAGAGCGUGUUGUUCGUUGUGAUGGCGCAUCUCUUGAUCACGGAGUUCCUCCAGAAGUCAUUGUUCCGAUAUGGCUUGGACUCGGAAGCGAUGAAAUUACUCUAGCAGACUCUUGUAUUUUGCUUGCAGAUUUUGGAGAAGCAUUUGAUCCCCAGACAGGAAAACGGUUUACUGCUCAUACCCCUCCCCUGCUUGCACCACCAGAGUCUUUUUUUGCUGAAUCUGGAGUAGAUGAGCCUCUUUCGUUCCCUGCAGAUAUAUGGACACUUGCAUGUGCCAUCUGGGAGCUUUUUGAAUCGAAUCCACCAUUUCAAGCUUUGCCUGCCACAGUGGAUGAAGUCACAAUUGAGCAUGUGGAGAUGCUUGGCAAACUUCCUGAUCGAUGGUGGAGCAGGUGGAAGAAUAGAAGCAACUGGUUUGACAGUGAUGGGAACAAGAAUGUUAAAGAGAAUCUUCGCCAGUGGUACUUCAACAGCAGUAGAGGUUGGGAUCAGCGCUUCUCAGAAAUACGAAGCGCGCGAGAGUGGAAGAAAUUUGACACUUUCUCGCCGGAUGAGGAAAAAGCAUUUCAGGACAUGAUCAGGUCAAUGCUUGUUCUUGAGCCAAGUAAAAGGGCCACAAUCGAAGAUUUAGUGAGGUGUGAGUAG